AUGUCUUUGUUUAACCAAGAAGAGUUAGAAAUGAUUGCAAUAGCGCUAGAUGAAGAAGAAGCAGAUGACCAAGAAGACUAUCAGCAGGCAAUAAAACGUAUUUGUGAGCUGUGGGAAGAUAGAGAAACUGCAGGAGAAUACAACACAUUAUGCCUGAAACUCACGAGACACCCUAAAUAUUAUUAUGAUUACUUCAAAAUGUCAGAAUCUACUUUUCAAUUGCUACUACAAAAGCUACAAGAUGGUUUGAGAAAAAAGAUACUUACUGGAGACAAUCUAUAUCGCCAAUGGAAAGACUCGCUGUUACGUUAA